GAGAAACGCGUACAAGCUGUUCUCUUGCGUGAACUGGAUGCCCUGAAGUCGGCGAUGGAAAUGACUGUUAUGGGAAACUCGCUGGUUCGACUCUUCGAGCGAAUGAUAUUCGACGAGGAAUCGGCUGUGCAAACGGUGCAUCGCCUAUUCAUUGUCGUCUGCCGAUCGUUUGAUGACCAGUCGUUUGAGCAAGUUCUGAAACCCUUGGUCGAGCUGCUGAGUUGUGAGUCAUCUGUUAAGUUGCUCGACCGUCGAUUCCUUUUACCGGCAUCGAUAGCAUACGGCACCUCGAGGUUUCUUAGAGAGUUUCUUCCAACGGUGAUUGAGGCAGUCGCAUCAGUUCAGGUGGACAGGAGCAUCGUUGCUAAAGAAAGUGUUGUUUGGUUAUCAAAAAGAUAUGGUCCCGUAAUUAGUGCACGAUUUAUCACAGCAAAUCUUCUAAGAGUACUUGGUUCAUGCUAUUCCGGUAUGACACUGAUGGGCUCUAGUCAGGAACCACAGUCGGUAUUUACUUUGCCGUUGCUUGGCGACGAAUGUGGGGCUCGGGUGGAGGCCUGCCUGGCUGAGAUUGCUGCCACGUACAGCGUCACGUUCAUUACGGUGCAAUAUCUGCCAUUCUGUGUCGAUCUAGUGGAACAAGCGACCAGACGACUUACACAGCCGAUUGAAGCCGGGCUAUUGGCAGCAUUCCGGAUUGUCCGUCUUAGCGCCAAAUCGAUGUCUGAUCAUCAGCUUAUGAAUUACCUAGAGGACUACAUCGUCAAUAAGGUCAUUGUCAAAGUUCUUCAACUCGUCCUGAACGCGAACAGUUCGUUCUCUGAUGAUCGCUCACGAAUUAUCGUUGGUGCAGGGGUCAGUAGUGUCCCUGCUGUACAAUAUUUCGAUGAGGAUCGGUUUGGAGAAUACUAGGCUGUAUGCCAGAAAACCAUUCGAGCUGAUGUUUGAAGCGUUUGGGAAACUGUACGAGACGUUGGACUCUGUGAUUCAGAUGUUGUUGAACGAAUACAUUGGGGAAGUACUGGACUUUCAGGCUGUUGCAUCGAUACCGCUUUGGUUCGUGUCGUCGGUGAUAGAUCGGUUUGCCAGUUCAUGGGGAGUCCCUCUUCUGUCGUCGUUCUGUUCAGAUCCAGCUUUUCUGGUGCCGUUCGUUAGUUCGUUAUGUGAGUCCACAUCGCUUAGUGCACUUUGGUGUGCACGAAUAUCGGCAGCUGUCUGUGCUGCAGAAGGAAAGUCAUCACUACGUUUCGACCACCUAACCCUGUGUACCUUCAAUGGUCAUUCAUCAUCUGUUCGUCGAAUCGUCAGCCUUUCAAAUGAGAACUCAUUCAUUUCUGCGUCUGCCGAUAAAACUGUCAGACUGUGGUCGAUUAAACCCGAGUAUGACAGCGUGGAAGCUCAAUGGACCUACAACAGACAUCAACGUCCAAUUCUUGAUGUUACUCUGUUGGCGAACAAUCUUAUCGCAUCCACUGAUGGAAACCUUCAUGUAUGGGAUCCUUUCCGCGGAGCAAUUAUAACACAGCUGGAUUGGGACGGAGAUGCGACGAUUUGUGGUCUAUCACAUGUUGAUAGACAUUCAAUGGCUGCCAUAUCAAGCCUUCAUUCGACAGUUCGCCUUAUCGACACUCGAACUGGUGGAUGGACCAGCGAGCUGAAGGUCUCGAAUUUACCUGGUUUGACGAGGGCAUUUUCAGUAUGCGAAUCUGGUCGAAAAAUGGUAGUGUCAUUAUCGAAUGGUACAAUUGUCUUGCUUGAUGCACGUACAGGUCGAUUGGCCUCACUUUCCCAUGGGAACAGCACCCAUACGACAGCGAUUCGAUGGCUUUCAAAUUCGGAAUUUCUUGUUUGUGAUGCUGACGAGGUGGGUAACAUAUUUGCCGUGAACCCUCGAAUCUCCUCAGCUCGCAAACUGCCCGACGUGGUAACAAGUGCCUCUGUAAGCGACGACAAGCUGGCUACACUUCAGGGAAGCAACGUCAUCAGGUUG